CUGCAUUCGUUGUGUGUGGUGAUGGAAACGGUGAAGGACGGCACGUGGACUGAGCAGCCAGACGCUUUAGUAUACACACAUAACUUACUGGUUGAGGUGAGUUUUUGUCUUGGCGACUUCGACCCCACUCGUGCAUUGCAUAUCACUGAAUGUGUGCAUGUGUGAUGGAUCCCACCCACCCACCCGACAAGGCAUCGCACACGCGUACACUCCGACCGACGCUAUAUAGCUCUCUAUAGACACAAAGGAAGGAAAAGUGCGCCAUCGGUGCGCCUGUCUUGCCACACGCUAGUACUGUGUGAUGGGAUCAAAGUGGCGCACAGCACAGCAGUCGCACACCAACUGCCAGUCCCCUCUACACACGCACACCUCCCAGCCUCUGGCCGCCAUCAGCUCAGUGCAUCGUUCGCUGGCCACUCUCUAUCUACCGAUCUAGCUGCUCUACACGCUCCCAUCCUAUCAGUGUGUGUCUCCUCCUGCCGGGGCGGCAGAUGCUGCUGCGGCGGCGGCGGCCGGGGCGCUGCUGCUGCUGGCGCCUUCCUGGUCCACGUCCAUGUCGGCGGGGCCGCCCUCCUCCUUCUUGACCUUGCCGUCGCCGCUCUUGGCGCCCCAAUACCUGCGUUCAGCACAAACGCAACAUGAGGCGUGUCUUGUCGGUUGGUUGGGCGGGUGUGUGAUGGUUGUGGGGCUGACUUGCAGCUCUCGGUGUAGAAGGCGUUGGGGUGGUUGCCCACGCCGUCAGCUGCACUCAUCACAAGACGCACACAGAUGGAGAGGAACAUAACUUCUGUGUGUGUCGGCUGUGGCGCGAGUAGGUAACCUUACCUGCUGAGUCGGGGUGGGUGGCCCUGAAGUACUCCACACACCCCAGCUGAGCGACCCGACCACAAAGAGAACCACGACGUCAGUGGAUGGAUGGACGUUGAGCUCCCGCCCACCUGACCUGGUAGUGGUGUCCCUUGACGAGGUCCAGGAUCUUCUUGGUGGAUCCGUCUGCAUUUAUGUGUGGGGGACAGACAGACAGACGCGCAGACACCCGCCCAGAAGUGGAAGGACGCAGGGCAGGGCUGUGUGGCGCUCUUUGGUUGUGCCUCUUACCUGGCACGUUGUAACGCCUCAUGAGCUGGCUCAGAGGGCCGGGGUCGAAAUGCUUGAACGGACAACCUGCGCAACGCAACACAGACAACCAACCGACCAACCGACCACACACAGGCAAAUCACAGGACUGGCUGCUGGCUGCACUGUCGUUCCCAGCUCGUGGCUGGUUCUUGUCUGUCGGUGACUGACCGUGGUAGUCUCCCGGGCCAGGGUUGGGUGGUGCGUCGCCGCUCAUGAGUUUGGCGCAGCCGUAGGGGGGCUUGCUCUUCAUGUGACCGACCUUGCCGUAGAUGUGCUUGAUGUGGUAAGCAUGCCUUUCACACACACACACACACACACACACACAGAGAGAGAGAGAGAGAGAUCUACCCAUCCCUGUCGGCGUGGUGACGUGCUUACUCCUUGUCAAACGCCGUGGCCUUGAGCGUCAUGUUCUGCUUGAAGUAGGAGAGUUCCUCCUCCAUCGACAUGCCCGCGCCCUUGAGGAACAGCCAGAUCUGCAGACGGCCCCAGUGCUUCAAGUGACGCUCGCUCCUGACACACACACACACGCCCGACAACGUGUGUGUGUGUGUGUGUGUGUGUUCGUUGCUGUGGUGAUGGAUCGUGGUUCCCACCUGAGCCCCUCCAUCAGGCGGCGCAUGCACGGCGGAAACGAACGCGGCACGACCUGAUGAUAGACACAACCACAACCACAACCACAAUAUGCCUAAUGGACUGACUGCAUGUGUCUGGCCGCUUCCCCCUCCCUCCCUCCCUCCCUCCCCAAGGCACCGCACCUUGUCGAUGUUGUGUGGCGUGAGUCGCUCCACGUGCUGCUCCUCAGGGCUGAAGGCUGACGGGUCCGGACCUGCACACGCCAGCAGCAUCGGCCAGCUCAGCUGGUCGCAGUGUGGUGGUGGUGGUGGUGCGUCUCUCUCCCACCCACCCACCCCACCCCACCGCCCAUUGCCUGCCUGCCUACCUAGGUAUAUGUUCUUGAGGUUCUUGACGAACGAGCCGAAACGGGGGUCGUUGUGCACCUCCUGACCCACCCACACAUCCUCACAUGGACCGACAAGCUGCGGUUGGGUCGGCUGAUGGGUGUGGUGUGUGCGUACGUACCACGAUGUGGCGCGAGUUCUGCAGGCACUUGAGCUGAGCCAGCAGGAACUGUCUGAACGGACAGACACCGACGAAGGACUUAGAGGAUGCCAGUGGGGUGGUAGUGGUCACCGAACCAACCACCCACCUGUAUCUGUUGGCAAUGAUGGUCUUGAGGUCCUCCUCGGCCACAAACGCUACACCACCUGAUCGGUCAAGAGCCACAGCAAUCGGCAGGGGCAGUGACGUUGUUUCCUUCCUGGCUCACGCACGUCGUAAGACGACUUUCCGCCGCGCAACGAGUGAUGCAGCGGCCUCCCACGGCACCUGACGUCCGUCAGCCGCAUGUUAUGCACACGCAGGUGUGGCUGUCCGAAGCAUGCACUGUCAGCCUCUGCUUACCUGAUAGAAGCGCUGGUCUUUUUUGCCGGGCGAAACAUCGUAGAUGUCGAGCCGCAGCCCGUCAGGGAUGUCAUUCCACUCCAUCUGAGACCACGGUGGUGCACAAGACGCACAAAGAGUGUGUAUGCGUAUGUGUAUGUGUAGAGGUGUGUGUACUGACCGAGUGGUAUCUGAUGCCCUCUCUGAGGAGGAAGUUGGCCGUCACGGCAGAGCUGCUACCUGGCACACCACACCACAACACACACACACCCACACCCACACCGACACACACGAUACACAUACCCCAAUCACACCAGGUCUAUGUGUGGCGACCCUGGCCUCUCUCUGCCCACCUAGUUUGGCCUUGAGCAUGUGCACCUCCUGCGAAACAAACCAGUUCUGCUUCUCGCUACUCUCGCAAAACCUGACAGACAAUGGCACACAACACCAACACCCACAUAGCGUGUUGGCGGACUGUGUGCGGCUGGCUCCCCCCCUCCCGUUCUUACGCCAGUCUGAGUGUGAAGUGGGAGUGCUCGUCGCACUCCUUGGCCCGCUCUGUUGACAAUGGUCCGUUAGGGUCCUCGACGGCCAGGCCAUGUUCGUAGAGCGAUUUCAUGACUUUGUCCUCCCGCUGCCGCACCAUCUGGCCGUAGUUGCUCAUGUCGGCAUCGUCGCUGGCGUCCAGGUCUGUGGCGUCCAGGCUGUAGAUGCGCUCGAUGUCCUUCAACACUGACAGAUGUGAGAUGCAUCAGAUCAACACGACACACACGGGAGAUCCAUCCAUCCAUCCAUCCAUCUGCUCUGCGUGUGGAGUGUGUGUUGUAUGUGUAUGUGUGUGUGUACCUUUGAGUCUGGCUAUGGCAUAGUCCUUGAAGUCCCUCACGGGCAGGGUGAUGUCGGGGAACUCGCGAUACAGGCUGAUGAACACUCCCUUCCGCACAGGAGGCGGCGCUGGCUGUGCAGCGCUGCCAGCAGCGGCUGCAGCCGAUGCUUUCCCCCUAUUCGCCUGCAUCCCCUCUAGACCGUCAGCACAUAGGGUUCAGGGUUCAGG